CUGGGACUCCUUUCUCAAGAACUUUUGAAAUGUUAUGACAAAUCACAUCUGCUGGAUGAACUAAAAAAGGUGAUAAUGAUAGGAAGAAUUGCAUUGCAGCUAGUUCCUGAUGAUCAUGAACACAAAUGGGCAUAUUGGGGCAUGCUUGCAGAUGCCUUACAUAGGCAAUUUCAACAUACUAGGAAUCUUACAUAUCUUGAUCAAGCCAUUGCUGGAGCAGUGCAGCUGACAUCAAAUGAUCCUGAGAUGCUGAAUGACCUUGGAAUUUUCUUCUCAAGGCGCUUUAGGCAUUUUGAUAACCUUGCAGAUGUGGACCUGGCCAUUGCUGUAUGGCAAAAAGCAAUGCAGCUGACACCUGAUGAUAAUGCAAAAAAGCCUCAUGUGCUCAACAAUCUUGGAAACUCC